AUGGCUUUUACUCCAUAUCAAUUAUUUUUAGCCGGACUUAUGUUAAUAACCGGAAGCAUUAAUACUUUAUCAACAAAAUGGGCUGAUCGACAAACAUCUCAUUUUUGUGAUGGUUCAGGUGCAAAUGUUACAUUUGAACAUCCGUUUCUUCAAGGUGUUGGCAUGUUUUUGGGUGAAUUUUUAUGUUUAUUAGUAUUUAAAUUCAUUUGGUAUUCGACUGCACGUUAUCGUAUUGAACGAAUGGUAUACAAAGGCGAUGCUGCAUCUCCCAUAGUUCGUUUUUGGCCAAUCAAUAUAAAAAAAGAUACACGUCUAGUUGAUGGUGAACAGACAUUUAAUCCAUUUAUUUUUUGGGUUGCAUCAAUAUGCGAUAUGCUCUCUACAUGUUUAUCGUAUAUUGCAUUAAAUUAUACAAGUGCAAGUUCCUUUCAAAUGUUACGAGGUUCAGUUAUGGUUUUUACUGCUAUACUUAGUGUUCUAUUUCUUCGAAAGAAUUUAACAUGGAAACAUUGGCUUGGCAUUUUUGCAGUUGUCGUAGGUCUAACUAUUGUUGGUGUAUCGGAUGUUAUCUUUUCAAAACAACCUGAGGGAAAUCAUACCAAUGCAGAGAAACUUGCAGGUGAUGCACUUAUACUUAUUGCAAUGUUAUUUACUAGUUUUCAAGUUGUGUAUGAAGAACGUUUUAUUGGUAAAUAUAACAUUCCACCAUUGCAAGCUGUUGGUUGGGAGGGAAUAUUUGGAUUUUCUACUCUUGGCCUUCUUCUAAUACCGUUUUAUUUUAUUAUUGUUCCAACAUCGAAUUCUGGCCCUGAUCAUCGUCUUGAAGAUGUCCUAUCAGCAUUUUGUCAAAUGCGUGGUAAUUGGAUUAUUAUUCUUGCAACUUUUGGAAAUGUAUUAUCUAUCGCAUUCUUUAACUUCGCUGGUGUAAGUGUAACCAAAGAACUAUCGUCGACAACACGUAUGGUACUCGAUAGUGGCCGAACAUUAAUUAUUUGGAUUGUAUCGUUGGCAUUACAAUGGCAAGCGUUUUAUUCAUUACAAGUAUUAGGUUUUAUAAUAUUGGUAAUUGGUAUGGGUAUCUAUAAUGGUGUAUGGGAGCAUUUAUUUCGCCUAUGUGUAUCACGUCCACCUAUUUCAAGUGAACGAUCUCAAUUAUUGCCCAGUCAUGAUGAUGUAACUGUAUAUGAAUCUACUUCAAAUAGACCGUUGGGUGCAGACGUCUCUGUAGCACCUGUUUCUGAUGAUGCAAACAUAUAA